CCCCGCUCGAAUUCAAAAACAAAGUUAAGAAGCCGAAGCGCCAGGCAGUUCUAUUGCUGAAGACACAGAAGUGUAGUACCUCAUUUACCUUCAAACAUUUUCUCCCGAGCAUUGGGUAAGAGAUGAGAGAAAUGGAAUUUAGCGAGGAAGACAAGCAAUUGAUGCAAAAAAUGGCCAAAAUCCUCGACGAAGUCAAGGCCUCAAACGCCACACACAUCAGAAAGCUUAAAGAGAUCUCAAUUCUCCGUUCGAAAUCUCCGUCUCCUCUCCAAUUCGGAGCUCUCUUCUUCAAAACCCUAGCCCCUCUUUUCCAGAUCCAGCGUCGCACCGCCUCUGCAGAGCGCAUUGUGCGCUUCGUUUCUGUCUUCGGCAGCGCUCCUGACUCCAGCAACUCCUCUGCUAGCGAUGAGUUUCUAGGAGAGUUUUUGAAGUUUCUAAUUGUUGCUGCCAUGUCUUCUAACAAGACUGCCAGAUUUAGAGCUUGUCAGAUUAUCUCUGAGAUCAUAAUGCGGUUGCCAGAUGAUGCAGAAGUAAGCGAUGAUCUUUGGGAUGAGAUAAUAGAGUGCAUGAAAGUACGGAUGGGCGACAAGGUUCCUGUUAUUCGUACUUUUGCAGUUAGAGCACUUUCCCGAUUUGCAAGUGAUACAGAGAACAGCGACAUUCUCGAUUUAUUUCUUGGCGCUCUUCCGUUGGAGCAGAAUGCAGAGGUUCGGAAGACAAUUGUAUUAGCUUUGCCACCUUCAAAUGCAACUUCACUAGCUAUUGUCAACUGCACUCUGGAUGUGAGCGAGUCAGUUCGCAGAGCUGCAUACUGUGUUCUAGCUAAUAAAUUUCCUCUUCAAAGUCUCAGUAUAAAGCUCAGAACAGUUAUUCUUCAGAGAGGCCUGGCAGAUCGUUCUGUAGCUGUUUCAAAAGAAUGUUUAAAGUUGAUGAGAGAUGAGUGGCUUUCCAAGUGCUGCAACGAUGACCCUGUUCAACUUCUCAAGUACCUGGAUGUUGAAACUUAUGAAUCUGUUGGGGAAACUGUGAUGAUUGCGCUGUUACAAAACGGAUUAGUGAAGUUACAUGAUGGUCAAAGUAUUCGGGAUUAUAUAUCAUUGACAAGUAGUGAAAUUGAAGGGGAAUCACCAGAUUGCCAUAGAGGCAUUCAUCUAAUGGAGCCAGAAUUUGCUCUUUAUUGGAAGACCGUGUGCAAGCACCUGCAGACAGAAGCACAAGAAAAAGGCUCUAAUGCUGCCACUACAAUGGGCACCGAAGCUGCAGUAUAUGCAGCUGAAGCUUCAGAUAACAAUGACCUUCUAGAAAGGAUACUCCCUGCAACAGUUUCUGAUUACAUAGUUUUGGUCAAAGCUCAUAUAGAUGCAGGAGCAAAUUAUCAUUUUGUAUCUCGGCAGUUACUAUUGCUUGGUGCAAUGCUUGAUUAUUCUGAUUCUACGAGCAGGAAAGUUGCUAGUUCAUUUGUGCAGGAAUUAUUGCACAAGCCACUUCAGCAUGAAGUGGAUGAUGAAGGAAACCAGGUUGUUAUAGGAGAUGGUGUAAACCUUGGUGGUGACAAAGACUGGGCUGAUGCAGUGUCUAGUUUAGCUAGAAAAGUCCAUGCUGCUACUGGUGAAUUUGAAGAAGUAGUUGUUCAGGUUAUUGAAGAGCUGGCUCAGCCUUGCAGGGAGAGAACAGCAGACUUCAUGCAGUGGAUGCAUUGCUUAGCUGUUACUGGUCUCCUCCUGGAAAACUCAAAGUCAUUGCAAGGUCUUCAAGGGAGAGCUAUUGAACCUUCUGAACUGCUGCAGUCUUUACUGCUUCCUGGGGCAAAACAUGGUCACUUGGAUGUGCAGAGGGUUGCCAUCAGGUGUCUUGGACUGUUCGGCUUGUUAGAGAGAAAGCCAAGUAAAGAAUUAGUGAUGCAGUUGACGAUUUCUUUUGCUAGUGAUCUUCCUCCAAUUAGCAUAAUGGCAUGUAAGGCAUUAAUUGAUGUUGCCAUGUGGCAUGGCCCCCAGGAAGUUGACAAGGCACUUGGGCAAGAGCAUGUAUCUCAAUUUGAAGAUAGCAAGAAUGCAUUCAAUCCUGAGAAAAUCUCUGAUGCUGAUUCUAAUGUUGAAUUGCUUGAUCUGUUAUAUGCUGGUCUUGACAGAAAUGAUUGGGCCAAAUCUGUACAACAUGAUGAAAAUGAGACAGUGCAGGCCAUUCUUUGUGAGGGUUUUGCUAAGAUUCUUCUUCUCAGUGAGAAGUAUUCAAGCCUACCAACUUCUUUACACUCUCGGAUCUUAGCCAAGCUCAUUAUUUUGUAUUUCAGCAAUGAAACAAAAGACCUGCAGAGGUUGAAACAGUGUUUGUCUGUGUUCUUUGAGCAUUAUCCUUCGCUCUCAGUUAAUCAUAAGAAAUGUUUGUCCAAGGCUUUUGUUCCAGUCAUGCGGUCAUUGUGGCCAGGCAUCUAUGGCAAUGCAGGAGGUGCUGCCACUGUGGUCUCUAAUAUGCGUAAGCGGGCAGUCCAAGCAUCACGGUUUAUGCUGCAAAUGAUGCAGGCCCCCUUGUUUGCUAAACAAACUAAAAUUGAGGAUGAAAAUGGCAGUACAGAAUUACCAGAAACUAUAGACAGCACUUUGCAACCUUCAUUUGAAUGUGGAGAGGAGGGUCUUGCAAUUUGCAUAGCUGCUGAGGUGGCAAGCUUCGCAAUUAAGAAGACAGCUGCUGAGAGAGCAUAUGUCUCGGCGCUAAGCAGGAUACUCAUCUUGCUUCAUUUUCGGGUAUCAGAACAAUUAGUAAUUAAAUUAAUGAGGAGGCUUUUGAAUCACGUGGCUGAAUCUGUAUCAGCAGAUAAAGAUUUGGUAAAGGAGUUGAAGCAGAUGGCUGAACACCUCAAGUCAUUAGAUAAACUACCAGAUGAGGAAUUGUUACCAGAUCAAGCUAAUCACAUUUUGGGGAUGUUGGAACUAGACUUUAACUUGGAUGUUGAUAGCUCCUAUGCUUUCCCACAAACACCAGCUCCACCACGAUCAUCUGCUUUCCCACAAACACCAGCUCCACCACGAUCAUCUAAACCAACCCGCACCAGAAGACGAGCAAGACGUGAAGAACAGACCUCUUCUGAUGAAGAAACUUCGUCCCCUAUUAUUGUUCAGACCGUUCAUGGCACUACAGGUCGGUCACAGAGGGCAAGCAAGACUGCGGCUCUAAGCAAGAUAACUAGCAGCAGAGUUGUUAGAAGAGAUAAAUAUAAUGAAGAAGAAGAAGAAGAAGAAGAAGAAAGUUCAGAGGUAACAUCAGAGGAGGAUUCUGAUGACUCUGACCAGUACACUGAAUGACCGAAAUUUACAAAUUUCUCUGCAGAUGUUGUGCUUUCUCAGGCACUAAAGUUUGUUGUUGUAAGCCUGCCUCCCUGUUAACCUUGAUGUUUUUAUCCCGUUUAAUUUCUGGGGUGGGGUUGGCAUGCUACUCGUGUGAUCAGCCCCAAAAUACUAUUGUAAUUGAGUAAAACUUCACCCAAAUGUCAAGAAAUUCACAAUUCUGUACCACAGCUUGUGCCAAGUCAACGAGUUCUUUGUUAUUACUCUGCUCCUAAUUGCGAAAUGGUUGUUCUUGCUAGUGAUGUGAAGUUUUAUCAUUAUUUAGAUCUCUGAAUGAGGGUUAAGGCU